GGUGCCUGCCGAGGGCCAGUAAAAGGCAGAGCCGUGCUGCGUCUUUCUGCGCUUCUCCGUUCCAUGAAUCCCGCCGUCCCGGGCGCCCAGAGGCCGGCAUGUACCCUGGCGGGGUCGGCUGCUUCUAGUGCCAUUACGAGCACCCCUUCGGCCACGCCAGCGCGGCCCUUGUUCAGGCAUGUGCACUACGAGAACCUGGUGGCCGGGCUGAGCGGCGGCGUUAUCUCCACGCUGGUGCUGCACCCGCUCGACCUGGUGAAGAUCCGCUUCGCAGUGAAUGAUGGCUUGGAGCUGAGACCAAAAUACAAUGGUAUUCUGCACUGUCUGACAACUGUCUGGAAACAGGAAGGAUUACGUGGCCUGUACCAAGGGGUGACUCCAAAUGUAUGGGGAGCAGGUGUCUCCUGGGGUCUCUACUUCUUCUUUUAUAAUGCCAUUAAAGCUUACAAGACGGAAGAUAAGCUAGAACGUCUUGGAGCAGCUGAACACCUUGUUUCAGCAGCUGAGGCUGGAGUGAUGACUCUGUGUAUAACAAACCCUAUCUGGGUUACCAAGACUCGGCUUGUGUUACAAUAUGAAGCUGGCAUUGAUCAUUCAAAGAGGCAGUACAAAGGGAUGCUUGAUGCCCUCACAAAAAUAUACAAGUAUGAAGGUAUACGUGGCCUAUAUAGGGGAUUUGUGCCUGGUCUGUUUGGAACAUCACAUGGAGCACUUCAGUUCAUGGCUUAUGAGGAAUUGAAAUCAAAAUACAAUGGAUAUCGAAACAGACAAUCAGAUUUGAAAUUGAACACUUUGGAAUACAUCACAAUGGCAGCAUUUUCAAAAAUAUUUGCAGUUUCGGCAACAUACCCAUAUCAGGUUGUGAGAGCACGUCUUCAGGAUCAGCACAACAGAUACUCAGGAGUAAUUGAUGUCAUCUGUAGGACGUGGAGGAAAGAAGGAUUACAUGGAUUUUACAAAGGAAUCAUACCUAAUGUGAUUAGAGUCACUCCUGCAUGUUGCAUUACAUUUGUAGUGUAUGAAAAAGUAUCCCAACUGUUACUUGGCUAUAAGAAAGUUGUCUAAAAACUGAAGAGUCCUAGGGCAAGAUGAUCCUUUGCUCUGCAGCAUAUUAGGAAUUCUGCAAGUUGUCUGACUUGGGACUGAUUUUUUUUCUGGUUUUCACAGAAUAAGCUGGAGACUGUUAACACCUUUUGUUAUGCUAGCUGCGUAUUUCAGGAUGCCGUCCUUGGCCUGGAAUAUUAUUCUAGCUGAACCGUAUAACUGACUAAAGGAAAUGUAGCACAGCAACAACUCUUCAUCUGUUGUUGUUGCUCUGCGGUAAAUUAUUCUGUCUAGCCCUGUAAUAUGGGAAUUGGUGGACUAGAAUUAUACAGUGGCAGGGACCUUAUGGUGUAAAAAUGCUAAAUGGAAUGAGGUCACAAGCCAGUUGAUACCUUUCAAAUAUAUUGCAUAUUUUUGUUUACUCAAAUACCUCUUCAAUAAAUUUUGUAUAUGUAUAUCCGCAAUGACCUCAGCUUUCCAAAUCCUUCCAUUCCAUGAUUAGUAAGAACCACGAUAAAUGAAAAUGCAGUGGGGAAGUUUCUAGAUACAGCAGGAUAGUACUGGAAAAGCACGUCCACCAUAUUAUUCAGUGCAUUUCAAAAUGGGCUAAGGUUCCAUGUUAUCUUUAAAACAAAGAUUUAUUGUGUCUCUUCAUUGAUGUCAACAUUAUGUUUUAAAACUGAAUAUAUAUAAAAAAACUUAAUAUUGGUGUCUCUUUUUUAUAAUCAUGGUAUUUAAAAUUAAACCUGCAGGAAGCCUGAUCCUUGGCAGGCCCAGCAUGAGCAAUGGGUAUGGCCAUGGAAGGGUGCCCAGGCACAGCAGUUGCCACUGUUUCCAUCACUCCAACUUGCUUUUGACCAUCACACUGGUCAUUGCGAGCCCAGCAGCCAUUUCACCAGCCUGCUUGCUGCUUGUCCCUGGCCAGCCUUCUGCUCUUCUCUGGGCUGUGGUAAGGAACAGAAGCAGCUGCUGGGAAGAGUGGGUUCUAAUCACUUUGGAAGGGGAACCAUAUAGGAUAUCUGAGGGCUGCAGAAAACCUGGAAUUGGCACAAACCCAGCCUUUUACAUAACAUUCCCAAGAAAGUAUGCACAGGUUUGCAACACUGAAAGUUAGAUUUUAUUGAAAUAUAUGUAUUAUGCCCUUCUAACAUAGUUUCAUUUUCCAGAGAAGCUCAUAAUCAUCAAUAGCACAGUCUGUAACAAAGCAAAACAAAAAACAGGCUAAGCCUUAAAUUAAGGUUCCCCACAUGAAACCUCAACUGCCUGCCCUUAAACAAGUUUGCUGGAACGGGAAAGUUUUCACUGUCUGGCAGAAAGUGACAAGGGAGGAAGUUCAAUCUUGAUUAACUUGCCGUUGGAUUGUAGUCACAGCACUUAAUAGUGUAACUUGUUGUUGAUAAUCAAAUUUUGUGUGCUGCUAAUUUUCUUAAAAAAUUUACAUGGAAGAUGUGAAACCUAAAUAAAAUGAAUUAAUAGGUUAAAGGAUUGCUUGAAAACAGCCAAUUGCCUGUAGUGAUCAGUACUCUUUUCUAAGGAUAUAAUUGCAAUCUAACUACUAUAUGACAAGGAUAAGAACUAUGAACAAAAUAUUUCUUGAAACCCCACAAGCAAACUGCUUUUCCAUUUGUGUAGAAUUAAGCAAUCAUCAAUGGGGUGUGCAAGUUAUUUGCCCAAAGAGCAGGAGCAAAGUCUAUUAGAUUAGCACAGGUUCCUUUUGAGCGGAAGCUCUCUGGAUUCCAGCUCACAUGUACCAUGUAACUAGUGUGACGCAAUCUCCCAUUUCUGUUGCUGAAACUUCAGAAACAGUUUAAACAGUCAGCCGACAGCACUUUUUGUUUUGCCAUCCAGUUAUAUUUUAUUCUACUAGAAAAUGUGUCUGUUCAAAUAGAACAUAUUUCACAUGAUGUGGAAUACAGUCACUGUAUUUUUUGAUUUAGAGUAAUGUUAAUAAAAAUACAGAAAGGAACUUAUAUACAGAUGUAUGUGUGCUAAUGUUCUUUCAUAUCACAGAUGUUUUAUUAAUUACAUGACUUAACUCAUAGUUCUCUUAUGUGUAGUUAUGUAUAUGAAUGCCAAGAUAGACUUAACACAGAUGGAUUUAAAAGGUUUCCAGAAAACCCAUUUUUAAAUGUCUGUGAGUAUUCCAUAAAUGUCAUGUAAAGCUGGAAGCCUUAUAUGAAGUUUGGGUACAUGAGAGAAAGCACACGCAAAGUUCCAUUCAUACAUCCUGCUUGAGUUUUUGGGUUCAAGUUGCCUUUUUCACAUAUUGCUUCAUAUUUGUACCACGGACUUGUACAGUCCCUUGUGUCCCUAAAUGUUGCUGAAAUACAGCUCCCAUCAUCCCAACCAAUAUAACAAUAGUCAAGGAUGUACUCGCACUUCCCUGCUGUGCAGCUCUUCAGCUGUGGGAUAAUGAACAGAUAUGCUGGUAGCAGUACAUGAAGAAAUGAUCUGGAUGGGGUGGUACCUUAAACCUCCCCACUCCCAGCAAAUGCGUCCCCUAAUCUCAAUAGGCAAGUUUAAACCUCCCCAUUCCUGUAAAUUGGUGCAGACAUACUUGUGUGGAACUAUCCACCUAGCACUGCAGAGAUAGCACCAUUCUGUAUGUAACAGAAUGAGCAUGUGGGCACCUGUCAGGCUCCUGAAGAAUCAAGAAGUAAUUUUGUAGCAAGCAAACAGAUUUUAAUUGUUAAAAUUUAAAUCAUUUGCAUCAGAAUUCUGUAUUUCAAUAAAUUCUUUUUGAAUCCC